AUGGCGGAGAGACAUCUCCCAAUCGAACUAGUAGAGAACAUUGGAAAGCGCCUCAACACUAAGAUCGACGUCUCUCGAUUCCGUUCUGUAUGUAAGUCAUGGCGCUCCUCUAUCCCCCGCUUUAACAAACCAUCCCUUUUUCCCAUUCGCAUCAAAUCACCUCAUAUCCUCUAUGGUUUUGGAAACCGUUCAGUCCACAAAGUCAUGACCCUCUUCGAGAACCCAGUCUAUCACCUCACCCCCAGUACCAAUAGCUCAAAUAGUGGUUGUUGGGUGAUUAAGGUCAAAGAAGGAGAUGAUGAUCAAUUGGGUAAAAUAACUCAUACAUUGUUGGACCCAAUCUCUGGACCUCCAUUCGUCAAGCCGGUGUUCCCAAACCCGGAUCUAAACUUGUUGGAUUUUCGGUUAUCGGAAUUGGCUAAAGCUUAUAAUUGUCUACAUCUCCUUAAUGGAGAGAGUGUUUGCCCUUGUAGAGUGGCUAUGUCCUUAAAUCCCAACUGCCCUGUGCUCGUGAUCAUUUUCGAUGGACAAUUAUACGACUAUAAGUUAGGUGGUCACAUUCAGAAGUGCAAUGCAUUGGAAGCUAUGAGUUCUUUCAAUCAUGAUGAUCAAGAAGAUGUUAUUUGUUAUGAUAAUGAGUUCUAUGCUGUUUCCCGUUGUGGAAAAACUGUCGAGUUUGAUUUUUCUACGAGAAGUGUUAAGCAUAUAAUUAAGUCUCCCCCAUAUCCUCCGGUGAGGACGAAAGGUUGCCGUGGUUUCAAAGAAAAUAAUAAUUUGGUGGAAUCAUCCGGGGAGCUGCUUUUAGUACGUGGACUUUCGACUAGAUUCGAGGUAAACAAUUGCCUCAAGACUGAAGUUCAAUUCAACGUUUACAAGUUAAAGGUAGUUGAUAGGAAAUGGGGUAAGAAGAAAUGGCUUGAGAAGAGUUGGAUUAUGAUGGAAGCUUCGGAUUUGAAUGAUCGCAUAUUGUUUGUAGGCGAGGACUGCCGCUUCUCUGCUUCUACUCGAGAGUUUCCUGGUCUCGCUGGGAAUAGCAUUUAUUUUCCUUAUCCUGAUAAUGAAAAUACUAAUGUAAUUGGACUUGGAGUGCUGAAUUUAAAUGAUGGCAGUCAUCACUUGCUGCCAGAUUCUAGUCCAGAAAGUGCCGAUAUAUUUAAGCCCAUCACCCAGGCGAAGUUAGCUGGAUUGGAACUCUGA